AUGACCCCGAGCGCCGCGGUGGACAGGAUCCUGGCGGGCAUCAACGCGGCGGCGUCGCUGGUGCUGCCCUCUAUCUACGUGAGCGAGAUCGCGAGCAACGAAGUGCGCGGCGCGCUCGGCUGCCUGCUAGGGCUGAUCAGCAACUCGGGCGUGCUCUUCUCGUACGUGGUGGGCGCCUACCUGCCCUACUCGGUGGUGCUCUACCUCAACCUGGUGCCGCUUCUGCUCUUCGCCGUCGGCUUCGCCUUCCUCCCUGAGACGCCCUACUGGCUGGCCAAGAAGCGCCAGUACCCGGAGGCCCGGCAGUCGCUGCGGUGGCUGAGGCGCGGCAUCACAGAGGAUCAGCUGGAGCACGAGAUGGCGCUGAUCGAGGCCUCCCUGGGGCGGCACAAGGCCAAGGCGGGGGCGGACGCGGAUGCGGGGGCGGAGCGGCCGGCGCUGGAGCGGCAGGCGUGCUCUCGGGCCGCCGUCGUCGGGCUGUGCCUCAUCGUCUUGGUCGCCGUCAACCAGCAGCUGUGCGGCCUCUUCGCCGUCAUCAACUACGCCGUCUUCAUCUUCGAGGAAGGGGGCAACGCCCUGUCUCCAGAGCUCGCCACAAUCAUCAUGGGGCUUCUACAGGUGGCCGGCGGCGCCCUAUCCACCCCGCUGAUGGACUACGUCGGCCGACGCACGAUAUUCUUCGUGACGAACGUGUUCCUCUCGGCGUCGCUGAUAGCCCUGGGCGCGUACUUCUACCUGCGCACGGAGACGGCCACGGACGUGUCGUCCGUGGGCUGGCUGCCGGUGCUGUGCCUGUCGCUGUUCGUGAUGGUGAUGGCCGUGGGCCCGGGCCCGCUGCCCUACGUGCUGGUGAUGGAGCUGGUGGCGCCGCGCCUGCGCGGGCUCGCCUCGGUGCUCGGCUUCUGCACCAUCUGGGGGCUGGCCGCCCUAAUGAGCAAGCUCUACCCCUUCAUGUCCGACGCCAUGGGCGAGUACGGCUCCUUCUGGUUCUUCGCGGCCGUCAGCAUCGCGUGCACCGUCGUCGGACUGGCGGCGCUGCCUGAGACCAAAGGCCGGCCUCUGGACAGCAUCCUCAGGGACCUCAACGGCGGCAGGAGUGUCUUCACCGUCAGCUCCUAGUUCCGACCG